AUCUCUCUCUCUCUCUCUCUCUCUCUCUCUCUCUCAAUAUAAUGAAGAGGUUAGUAGAUAGAGAAGGAAGUCCUCCGGAGCUGAAUUUGAAAGGCAGCGUCAGACCUUACGUCCGUUCUAAGAUGCCUCGGCUUCGGUGGACUCAUGAUCUUCACCAAUGCUUCGUGCAUGCAGUUGAACGCCUAGGUGGAGAAGACAGGGCAACUCCAAAGAUGGUUUUGCAAUUGAUGAAUGUGAAAGGACUCACUAUAUCUCAUGUCAAGAGCCAUCUUCAGAUGUAUAGGAGCAUGAGAAAUGAGCAGAUGGUACAACAAGAAGUGGAAGCAAACAAGAAUGAAAAACUGCAAGAAAUUCCACAUAUCAAUAGUAGCUUCGCACAAUCAAGCCCUAUCUACCGUGAGAAAAUUCAUCAUCUCUACAAUAAGGGACUGAUUAUCAAUGAAAGCCGGGGAAAUUGCAACUUUGAAGAGGUCACAAAGAACGCUUGCGUUCCAGCAACAUGGAAAGAGAUGCGAGAGACUAGGAAUGACAGGAAAAUAAUGUUCAAAGAUUUUUUCAGUAGCUCCAUUGCCCAGGAUAGUGACCAGCAAGAGUCGUCCGAUCAGUCCAAAUAUUCUGAGCUAUCUGUGGUGGAUGAAACUGAAUUGUCUCUUGAGCUAACUCUAGGUUAAGCUACAUGCAUAUCCCUUUCUUAAAAAGGAAGCUAAUUUAGACGAACUUGGCAAAUGGAGCAAGAGUUUCUUUUAUUAUUCCUGGUUUGGAAAUUUAUUUAGUGAAAUAUGAGAAGGAUUAGCAAGACAUUCAAGCACUCUAAUUUUGUUUGGGAGAUUAAUAUUGGCCGGGUAGUCUUGAGAAGCAUUAAUGUCAUCGGCUCCCUAACUUUGGUGUGAACUAAAUUUACCAAAUGAUAUGGGUUUAAUUUCAGUUG